AGUGAAUCGGAUCGAUCACAGUGGCUGUGCAAACCUCGUAUUAAAAAAAAAGGCACUUAUCAAAUGUUGUCAGUGUUAAUUAGCAAAAAAUUUUACGGAAGCUAUAAAAAUUAUAUAUCUCUCAAAAACUUUUUUUAUAAUACGGUUUUCCAGAAAGACAAGCGAAUUUUGCAUUCGAAUGAUUUGUUAUUUCGUUGCGUAUCAUUUUUCAAUGAAGCUAAAUAUAAAGAUUUAUUGCUGGCUCCACGUAUGACCGAUAAAAUCGCAAGUUUUAUCAUUGAAGAACGGCCAUUUGAUGACUUCAAACAUUUGCAAAGAAAAUUGUACGAGUGCCCUCGAGGUGGAUUAAUACUACAGGCUUAUGUAGAUGGCCUUGAAAAUCGCAGUGUCAUUGAAAAUAUUCUCGAAGAUUGCAAACUACAGUCGAAGAAGAUACAAUGCACUAUUCAUCCACAUCAAGAAAUUGGACUUAAAUGGUUGGUAUUAAUGCAUAAGCUGAAUUUAAAUGCUAUUCUCGCUGAUGAAAUGGGAUUGGGCAAAACUAUUCAGAUAAUAGCAUUUCUAUCAUAUUUGAAGAAAGAAUCGAUCAAAGGUCCGCACCUUAUUAUUGUGCCGUCAUCGACUGUUGAAAAUUGGAUGUAUGAAUUAAAGUCCUGGGCACCUUCAAUAAAAAUUCUUACAUAUUAUGGCACCUUAGAUGAAAGGCGACAUUUGAGAGCGAUGGCAACUGAUAAUACUAUCGAUGUUUUGCUCACAACUUAUAGUAUGGUUGGAUCUAAAGUAGAAGAUCGGAAAUUUUUUAAAAGAUUUAAAAUCAAUUAUGUUAUCUACGAUGAAGGACAUUUAUUGAAGAAUUGUUCUACUGAGCGUUAUAAAAAUCUUAUGAAAAUUCAUGGAGAGAGGAAGAUAUUGCUUACUGGAACGCCUUUACAAAAUAAUUUGGUGGAAUUAAUAUCAUUGAUUUACUUCACUAUGACUAAAUUGUUCAGGAAAUACUGCAAUGAUGUCAACCAGCUUUUGAACCAGUUUCAACAGAAAGCGCCUAUGAUGGAAGCAAAAAAUUCCAUGUUAUAUGAGUCUGAAAAAAUUGAACAGGCAAAAGCUAUACUACAACCAUAUAUUUUGCGGAGAUUAAAAUCAGAUGUACUGGAAAAUUUACCAAUAAAACAUGAUCGAAUAAUUUUUUGUUCAAUGAUUGAUGAGCAAAAAAGAAUAUACAGGGAUUUAAUGUGGGAAUUCAAAGAGCUAAGUGCGAAAGGAAAAAAAGUAGUGACAAGCAAACUUAUGCAACUUCGACAAAUCUCUAAUCAUCCUCUUUUGUAUCGGAGUCGAUAUACUGAUGAUCGAGUUGUAAAAAUCGCCAAAGUCCUGUGCAAAAAAGAAGAAACUUAUUAUAAAAAGAAUCCUGAACACGUUGCUGAAGAUCUUUCUUUUUUAUCUGAUUUUGCAAUUAGUCAGCUUUGCUCAAAAUAUAAGUCCACACGAAAAUUUUGCCUCAAUGAAGAUGUUGCUUUAAUAUCAGGAAAAUUUGAAGUAUUUGAUGAGUUGCUGCCGAAGAUCAAAUCUCAGAGUGAUAAGGUUCUAAUAUUCAGUCAGUUUACGGCAAUGAUGGACAUAAUUGAAGUAUAUUUAAAAAUACGCAAAUAUAAAUGCUGUCGCCUAGAUGGGGCGACUCCAGUUAUGGAAAGGCAAGAACUAAUUAACAAAUUUAAUUCAUCCGAAGAUAUUUUUGUAUUUCUUCUCUCCACCAAAGCUGGAGGCUUAGGAAUUAAUUUAACUACUGCUAAUCAUAUCAUUAUUCAUGACAUAGAUUUCAAUCCUUACAAUGAUAAACAAGCAGAAGAUCGAUGCCAUCGUAUGGGACAAAAAAAAGAAGUUUAUGUUGUUCGUUUGAUAUCAUCUGGAACCAUUGAAGAAGAAAUGUUAACCAUAGCACAAAAGAAAUUACAACUUGAAAAGGAAAUUACUGGUGGCAACAUUAAUGGUACAAAGUUUGUUUCAUUGCAUGAGGAAGGAAAAUCUUAUUUGCUUAUAAUUUUUAUUAGAAAAACUCGCACCAAAAGAGGUUGUAUGCAUAAAAAAAAGGAUAAGGAAGAGAAAAAAUAUGUCGAAGAUAUAAAAAUUGUACACAUUUUACAACCGUCAUCAAUAUGA